AAAAGGUAUUUUUUUUCCUUAUUUAGGCUAGUAAAAUGGCUGGUUUAGUUGUUAAGUGCACUUACGAGUUUCAAGCAGAAACUGAUACAGAUUUAUCUUUGUCUGUAGGAGAUCUUGUUAAAGUUACCAAAGUAGUUAAUGAUGAUUGGUAUGAAGGUGUUUUUAAUGAUAAAAAGGGUCAGUUUCCAAAAGCAUUCGUGGAGGAGUGUCAUGAUGUGUUUGAUGUAGGUAUUGCUCUCAGUAGUUUUCAGGGUGAACAGGAUGGGGACCUUCCAAUCAAUGAGGGAGAGUUAGUUGUAAUAACUGAGAUUAUUGAUGAGAACUGGAUGAAUGGAUAUACAAAAGGUGGUAAAUAUGGCAUGUUUCCGCGAAGUUUUAUUAAACAGUUAUCUCUAGGUGGGGAAGAAAUUCAAAUGGAAGACCCUUCUCAUGCCUGCCUUUCUGAAACAAUUGAAGAAGAUAGGUCACAUGAUUGGGUUGAAGUUCUUAAUGCAUUUAAUGCACAAGAAGCUGGAGAACUGCAGUUAGAAGUAGGUAUGUUUGUACAAGUUGUCAAGGAAAUUGAUGAUUUUUGGUGUGAAGGAAAAACAAAAGAUGGUCAGCAAGGAAUAUUUCCGAAACAAUUUGUCAAUUUACCGUCAUUAAAAACAAGCAUUAAGGCUGAUGUAAACGGUAAGGAAACAAGAAAUGAUGAACCAGACUUCAGUUCUACAAAUGAAACUGGCAUUGGCAAAGUUAUUGCUGACUUCGAUUUCAGCAGCACUGAGCCAGGAGAUUUGAACUUCCUGAAGGGAGAUAAAAUCAUUUUAUUGGAACAUGUAAGUGAUAGUUGGCUAAAGGGUCGACUUAAUAACACUGAGGGGAUUUUCCCAGCAAAUUAUGUAACCAGUUUGAAUUCUGCUGAUCCAGGUCUUUAUGAAGAGAUUGAACCUACAAAGCAUUCUUCUCAAACAAAUAUUGAAGAUCUAUAUGCUGUACCUGAUAAAACAAGGGUGAAGACUCAAGAUGUUGCUGUAAAUAUGCCUGCAAAGAAGAAGCCUCCAGGUCGACCAAAACCACCGGUUAUAAAAAAGUCUGUUGACACAACUCCACCUAAAACUGCAAUUUCACACACAUAUCAAUUUAAAACGAAAAGCCAACCUACUGUCAUUAUUCAACCGGAGUACUUAAAACCAGGUAAUCCCAAUGUUAUUGUUUUUCGUAAGAAAAUGGACAAUUUAAAUAUGACAUCUGAACAAAUACAACCAAGCUUCUCCGCAGGAAUGCAAUCAAACAACCCCAACUUAAAAGAGACUGAUUAUACCAGUUACAAGAAGGACUUUAAUAACCUCAGUGGUGAUUUAAAAGAAAAAGUAAAUGAGGGUUGGGGACAAAAUAAAAGUAAACUUCAGGAAUACAAGAAAGAGACUGAAACUAAAGGGGCUGUACUUAAAAAAGAAUUUGAAUCAAUCAGCAAGAACAUUCCCAAUGAGGAGAUGAGUACAUUUCAAAGAAUGAAGUGUGCCAAUAGUAAUUUGAAUUCUGCUGUUACCAUAGCUAAUACAGUUGGAAUAAAAACCACAAAGACGCAGCUAGCAAAAGGCGCGGUAAAGAUGGGUGCAGGUGCAUACAUUACAGGUAGUGCUUCAUCUAAAGGUAAUAAGCCAGCCUUGCUUUCUAAGAGUACUGCUUUGGGUUCUAAGUUUGGAAAAAAAUACAUUGUUUACAAAAAUAUUAUAUUUUUGGUAUUAUUUGCAAAUCUGUCAAUAACCGAUAUGUUACACAGUGACAUGCUUGUCUUGUUAGAAAAUCAGGAGCUAAGUUCAACAUCAUUUAUCACUUUGAAUUCCCUUGUGAAACUUUAUUUUACUUCUGGAGGGACGUUUUGUUUUUUAUUUAAAGGUAUUUUUAAAUGUGUAUUUUGCUAUUGCUUGGAAUUAGCUGUAUUGUUUAACAAGAAAAAGUUUUAUUUUAAUUUAGCUAUUUGCUUUGUUACGUUGUUGUUUCAAGAUCAUUUGAAAAUUGCUGAAAAUUGUUACAUUUUACAGUUAUUUAUGUGUGCACCACCGAACAUAGAUUUAAAAUUAUUAACAUUUCUUGAUCAAGAAAUGGAUCGGAGUGAUUCGACAAUCUUGAUUUAUUGCAACUUGAUUUUUGAGUCUGAACUAUGUGGUAUGGCUGGUGGAAUAUACAGGAGUUUAUACGAUUUCAAAGCUGAAAGUGAAAACGAUCUUGAAUUUAAUCGAGGGGAUUUUAUCAAGGUUAUAAAACAGAUAAAUAAUGAGUGGUAUGAAGGAACAACAGACACAUCAUGCGGUCAAUUUCCCGCAACUUAUGUUGAAUGUGUACUUCAAAAGCCAUGUGAUAGAAUAGCUGUAGCAAUUAAUUCAUUUACUGGACAAGAAAGUGGAGAUAUUACCUUUUGUAAAGGAGAUGUUAUAGGUAUUAUAGAAAAUAUAGAUUCAAAUUGGUUAAAUGGUUUUACUAACACUGACGAGGGGAUAUUUCCUGUGAGUUUUAUCCAGGAAAUAUAUUUUUGUUUACCAAGUGAUCUUGUUAAUAAUAAUAAUAAUAAAAAUAAUAAUUCAGUACAUGUUUCGGAUACGGUAAUAACUAAUAGCCAAACAACCAGACACAUUCCAUGGGCAGAAGCAAUAGAUGAUUUUACUGCACAAGAUUCAGAUGAGUUAACUAUAAACAUUGGUGACGGAAUUGAAUUAAUUAAAGAGAUUGACAGCUUUUGGAGUGAAGGUAUCGUUGGUGGAAAACAAGGAAAAUUUCCCUCAACGUUUGUUAAAGUAAUUACUGAACUACCUGAAGAAUUAAAGUUUGUGGAGAAAUCAAAUAAUGUUGAUACUGAGAAUGGGUUAAUUCCAAAUGCCAAAGCACUGUACAUGUUUGUAGGAACACGAGAAGGAGAACUUAGUUUUGAUAAGGGAGAUAUUAUUAUGCUAACUCAACGAAUUAGCCAGGAUUGGCUAGAAGGAAAAAUUGGCAAUUCAGUUGGAAUAUUUCCUUCAAAUCAUGUUAAAAUUAUAGUUGACUUGCCUUUUAACCAUGUAAGUAGAACUAACUCAAAUGACUCUUUUAUCAGCAAUCACACCUCACAAAAUCAGAAGCCGAAAUCCAUACCAAUGAAAACAAAAGUGAUUGCUAGUACUAUACCUCCUGCUAGACCCCAACGCACUUCACCUUUAGCUGAAAGAAACUUGCCAGGAUCUCAACAACAUAGCUCUACUGGACAAAUCAGAACUCCACCUAAAAGACGUAGUUUUCGAAAACCACCAGCACCAAAAUCACCAAUGCAAGAUAUAAAAACUCCUCAUAACAACAUUAAAACUGUCCAAGCUGAAAAAAUGAACAAGCAUAAAAACACACCCGAACAUAAUGGAAUGGUAGCUGAUAAAAAUUCCAAAAAGUCAUUUUCUCUAAAGCCAAAGAAAAAGUCUGUGGAAAAGCAGAGCAACAUGUAUAGUUUUGAAUUAACAGAAGAACAAAUUUUUCACAUGGAUGCUGGAUACUCUAGUACAAAUGGUAACACUGCUUGUGAGGAUAAGAAACCUACGAAGCCCAAAAUACCUGCACGAUCAGCUAGUAUGUCAAAACCUAACAGUGUAGCUAGAAGUAAAAGUAUGACUUAUAAACCAAAGGCUCCAGCUAGGCCUGGCUUGCUUCAUAAUUCUACUCAAGAUAGCAAUGCAAAUAAGGACGAUAUGGAUUUAUUGUCUACAUCACCACCCAAGCCAUACAAAAGAUUACCAAAACCUCUAGCACCAAUGCCUUCAGGUUCUGUGAAACCUGUUCUUAGUAAAGAAAGACCAAAUACACUUAAUGUAGGUAGUACUGGGUUUGGAAGUAUCUCUCCAGCUAGAUCUCCUUCUUCACCAAGGAGCUCCAUUAUUCAUGAGUCUAUGACUGCUUUUUUUACAAAAGAUCAACGUUCAGCGUCACCAUCCUUUAACGAUAAUAUUAAUAGGAUAUCUCGUAGCGAAACAGAACCAUCCCUGCAUCGAUUAAAUGUUGGUAAAGGAGCUCCAACUAAACAACCAUUAACUCCUGAGCAUGUGGGCUCUGAUGCUAUUAAAUCACUGUAUUUUACUACUUCCUCAAGCUCCGCUCUUACUCCUUCACCUGAUAAAAGAUCUCAGACUUUGGAUGCAAUGCUACAGAGAAGUUCUUCCCUCCGCUCUUCCAAUAAACCAAAUCUUUCAGCUUCUCGUAAAAUAAGUGAAAUUAAAGAUGAUAGCGCACCAUCAAGCCUCCAUGGUUCUAGUGAUAGUUUAAGUCAACCGUCACAGUCACAGGAACUCAAAAGAGUUGAUAUGGAAAUAGCCGAAUUAAAGAGCAAAAUUGAGAGUGAAGCACAUCUUCUCUCUGGUGUGGAAACGCUACUAGAUUUUGUAUCAGAUGACAAGAGAGCUGACUUAUUGGUAAAACAAGAACAACACAAAACCAGAAUCAGUGAAUUAAAUGACGACUUAAUUGCACUUGAAGAUGAGAAAUCUUUCCUGCUUGCUUCAUUUGGUAAACUGGAUGAUGUUAAAAACAGAGUGGCAGAAUUGGAAAAACAAAUUGAGACUUAUCUUGAUAACUGCGAACAGUUGCGUAGAAUGCAAGAUGUUUCUGUUAUUGAAGAAUUACCUGAGAUACGAGAUAACAUUGAGUUUUGCGAGAACAUGGUUGACACAUUGCAGGAUGAGUUAAACGGAUUACGCGAAAAACUUGUUAAACUGGGUGAAAUUGAUCAGGUCGAUGGUAUUCCAGAUCCUGAAGUACAACUUACGAAACGUAAGAACAAACAAAAGAAAGUUGUAGAAGAAUUGAUCAAGACGGAGAAGAGUUAUACACAAGAUAUAUCCUUGCUCACAGAUGUCAUGAAGUAUUUGGAAGAAAACGAGAACACGAGGGUGAACACAGAAAUGUUGUUUGGGAAUCUGCCAUCAAUACUUCACUUGUCUACGCGACUUUUUACAAGAUUUAAAAAUGCUAAUCAAGAUGAACUUGAUGUGGAUGGUUUACCAAGCAGGCUAGCAUCGUGUUUUAUUGAUAUGGCAGCAGAAAUGAAAGAAUGUUAUUCGUCGUACUGUCAUAAUUAUGAAGAAGCGAUUGGAUUGUUGGAAAAGUAUGAAGAAGACAUCUCUGUUUCUUCUGUACUUACAAAUGCAGUCAAAUCUGUAUGCAAUGGAAGAGAAGCCGGACCCUUUAUACUUUCUUCAUUUCUAAUCAAACCAGUUCAGAGGGUAUUGAAGUAUCCGUUGUUGCUGUCAGAAUUGAAUAAGAAUCACGUUGGCGAAGGUUUAAGUAAAGAAGUUUUAAAAGAAGCUCUUACCACUGUCACUGACGUUGCAACGGCUAUCAAUGAAUUCAAACGUCGCAAGGAUUUAGUUCAAAAGUAUCGUGAAACCGAAGAUGGUAUCGGAAAAAAAGUUCAAAAGUUAAACUGGCAUUCUGUAGCGAAGAAAUCGUCCAGAAUAAAUCAAAGAAUUACACAAUUCACUGGACUCAACUCACAGACUGUCGAUGAGACGUUCAACGAGCAAGAAAAACGGUUCCGCGGGUUGGAAAAACUAAUCAAGGCUGCGUUGAAGAACAUCGUGCAAUUCGUUGAAGAGUUUAAGGAUAACGCCGCCAUUGAGAAAUUAUGUGCAGAAUCAAUUCGUCAGUUCUAUGAUGAAGAAGUUGCACCUGAAGAAGUUUUGAAAUAUUACACAGUGGUCUCUAUCAUCGCUGAACAGUACUCCAAUGAAACUGUCACUUUUAUUCAAGAUCAUGUCACAGAACCUUUGAGUCAGCUUGUGCAGUUAUUUCAAGGUCCUUUUCGUCUCAUACAGAAGAGAAAUGAUAAAUGUCUCGAUUAUGACAGAUCAAAAAACAAAGCUGCCAAAGCAAAAUACACGAAAGAGCGAGACAAAAUAAACCAGACUCAAGAGGAGCUUACUCUUAACCAAAACAUCUAUCUUGCGUUAAACACGCAAUUGUUAGAAGAGUUACCUACUUUAUGCGAUCAUUGUUCGUCGGUUAUAAAAUACUGUCUCACCAACUUCGUGGAAGCACAAAAGAGAUAUUUGAAUAAGGCCUUUGUACAAAUGCAAGACCUAUGGCAGCUCCCUUUUGUUGUAAAAGAUAGCGAUACAAUGGAGCGCCACCAGGAGCUCAUACAAAAGGCCAUGGUGCAGUUAGCAAGUCUGACUUUCAUUCCUGCUAAUGUACACAAAGAUGCAACAAGACGUAGUCAAACACAAGUUGUUAGCUCUGCACUAGUAAAGGCGAGUUUUUUUGUUAAUUUCGACGAAGCACCAGACUCGACUUCACCGACGCAUCCGUUGAUUGAUCUUUCCAGCGACGACAUUGACACUGUAGAUCAAGCAUUAACUAACACAGAUUUCCCACCAAAACAAGAUAGUGAUGACUGUCAUGCAACAUGCGUUGUCAAAUUUUCGUUUGAGGCGGAAUGCGAUGCCGAAAUAUCUGCGGUGGAGGGCACAGUUGUAAACGUUCUGCGUAAAUGUGACAAGACGGGCAACCCCGAGUGGUGGUUGGUGGAACAAAGCGGACGAAAGGGUUACAUUCCACAAGCGUUUCUGGGCGAACAGAAAAGAACCCGAUCGUUUUCCGAUUUAAACUUUUCUGUAAACGGACGACUAAAACAGGAACCGUUAGUACCGACUCGGAACACAUUAGAUAUUAGGAGUGCUGACAAGUCAGAGACAACUCAGAACAUACAUGUUUCCAACACAACUUCUGACGAAGAUGAGAAUGUUGCUGUAGAUUCUAAUAUGGUGAUCAACGUUAUAAAAGCUAACAACGACAAUAGACUUGAUGCUGACUCUCGUUCUUCGAUAAGUACUGCCUCCGACGUCGCACCCUCUUUCAAAAGUAGUGUAACCUCAGAUGGAGAACCUGGUUAUGAUAUUGUUUCCCACUAUGCUGUGGAAUACGAUUUUGAAGCUCUCCAUCAAGGUGAACUUUCUGUCAAAGAAGGAACCGUAUUAACCGUCAUACAAAAAUAUGAUCAGAAAGGCAACGAAGAAUGGUGGUAUGUUGAGUAUGAUGGCCAACAAGGUUAUGUUCCGCGCGAUUAUCUUGUUUUUGUAGAUGAAAGUCAAAUGUGUUGAUGCCUGUUUCGUCGUAUUGUAGCGUCCUUCUCUUUUUAAAUAUAUCGCGCCCCAUCUUUCUCUCCACCUUUUUUAAAUAUAAAGUUUAGGAUUUAAAAACCUUAUUAAGGUCUUCCAUAUUUUUCUCAUCAGAUAUAAGUUUAGAUCAAAACUUACUUAAACAGAUUGGAAUUUAGUUUAUUUGUGAUUUUAUAGAGGUGUACACCUCUAUUUAGACGAAUAAACACCAUCAGUUGUGAGUGUGAAACUCAUUAGCUAAAUUAUCUUUUUUACUGAAAUUUUGUGUGUAUAUAUAGAGUAAGCCUGUAAUUUUUGCCCCGCUUGUAUUUUUAUACUUACCUGCAUAAUUAGUAGCUCGUUAAAAUUUAAAUAAAUUAUUAUUUACAAUUAUGAUUAUUACACAAAAAUCCAACUUAGGCUCUUAGUCUGUCUUUUUCAAAGUAAAAGGAUGUAACAGUAAGGACUAAGUUGGAAGUUGUUUAUUGCACAAUAAAAUUGCAGUUUAGACGAAAAUAAAGUAGAAGUCGAAUUAUCUUUCUUUGGAUGCAGGGACACUGUCUUUUGAGCAAAUUGUUAAUUUCGUUUACCAACAAUUAUAUAUCAUUGUCUAAAUCUGCAGAGUUUAAAUGAAUUUUUUAAUAUAUACAUAUGUAAUAAACUUUUUUAUGUUUUUUGUAUUUAGUGAUUGCCCUGGGUUUACAAUGAUAAAAUGUUACCGUGAGCAUUCAAGAGUUAAUGAUUCUAACUAA